UCUUCCCCAUCUCGUUAGUUGUCAUGGUUAUUGAUUUGAUUUCGUCAUUUUGUUCAGGUGUGUCUUGUUAAUUAUAAAGGUCUGUGUAUUUAAGUUCCUGUCUGUUCAGUUUGAGUUGGUUGGGUCUUAAACGCUAAUGUUAUGGGUGUCAGUAGCCAUACCCUUGCUUAGAAUUACCCAUAUGUGGAUUUAUUAAAGACUGUUUAUCGUCAUCUUUGUGCGUGUUCAUCGACAAAUAAAUAAACAAGGUGGCAUGGCCAGCAGUCUGGUGCUUUACCCUGACCUGACCCAGAACCAGGUGCGAGGCUGAGAUUAUGAAUCUCAGAAGACCAUCCAGCCUGCAGCCUUCCCAGAGGCCUCCAUAUGGACACCAACUGCAAUCUGUGACAAACGCUUAUGAGCACAAUCACUUUUAAUCCACAUAAACAUGAACAUACCAUGGCUGUACCAAAUAUAGUUAAUAGAGUGCUGGUUAAUAUGUAUAUUUAAUUUGUCUUAAGAUUUUCAUGGUGCUGGAUAAAUUGUUGCAAAGAAAUCCUAUACAAUCAUGUAGGCUAUUCCAGUCAAAUGUGAAGUGCAAGAGACACACAACUUUGUUUUUAGUAGAUACAAAGGAUCUCUAAGACCAUAAACCGUGAUUUAUUUUACAAUUACCUUCUCAGACUGAAUACAUAUGUAUUAAUUCGAUGAAUCCAUGAUGUGAGAAUCGUUAUCUUCCACCCAAGAAUACAAGCUUAUUCAUCUAUGUGUCACAUUGUUGAGCAGACCAGGAACUCUCAUUUUGUUCCCUUGUAUUCUGACAUUUCCCCUUGGCACUGGGUCACAUUACAUUUUUUCAGAUAAUUUUACUCCGACUGCCACACUGCAUUAAGCAUUUAACUGUGGAAAACAAGAACCCCAGACUGAUUUACCCUAGGCAAGUUUUGAGGCAUGAAAUUCAAGCUGAAUAUAAGACUGUAGGAUGCGUGACAGUGCAUUGAAAGAUGGAAAGCAGCAUGCAUACUUCAAACCAUAUCUGUCAGUGUUUGUGUUGAGUGUUAUUUCUGUUAUAUGAGCUGAAAUGGUCCGUGUGUGUUUGUGUGUUAAUGCAUGUUUGAGGGCAUGCGAGUCAGAGUGGGCUGGGUUAUCAGAGCAGAGAGACAGAAGGCAGUUUGCGGUGGACAGGGGAGAAUUUCACAUUCUUCAUUUCAACUUUGCCCAUCGCAGUCAUCCGCACAUUGUUGCGUGUCACUGGCAAACACUCUCUUCUUUCUUUCUUUCUUUGCUUUUCCUCUGAUUCAGCUUGAUUGUCAUUCUUCUUGUUCAAACACUUAGUUUCUCUUACUAUCUUCUACCAGAAUAGUCACUUUGUUGCUUUCUGUAUCCUUUCAUUCUAUAUCUGACAGUCUCGCUUCAUUUACAUAUUUUAUUUGCAUAACCUAAUGCAAUUUGGUGGUACCAGAUGGAGUCAAAGCAUCAUGGACCUCUAAGACCCACAAGUCCAGCCAUGCCUUUCGUAGGUUGGCCCCACACAAAUGGAUGUGGAGGCCCAGGUCGGAUGUUGCUACGUGAGAUGCUUUGGCAGCUGGAGCAAAGAGUACUUCAGGUUCAAGAGGAGGAGUUCCAGUACGGCAUUUCCCAUGGCAUUCUGGGAUACUGUCACCCCCCAGCAUACCCAAGCCUGCUUGCCCUUAUACCUGCCUCUGAACACCGCCAGCUAGAGCGCCUCUGUGACCGCCUCCUACACUCACACACUGCCAUUGUACUUUCCAGGCUCCAUGAUCUUUUGGCCCACAAUGACAUCCCUCCCUGGGAACUGGUGGGUGUCUUCAAGCAAGUUCUUCGAGACUUUCUGAGGAGACAGGAAGACGGCAUGCAGACACGUCCAGCCCCUUCAGCUCCAUCAACAAUUCUUUCUGCUCCCAGUCCACCUACAGAGAGUAAUGACAGAAAUCGCAUUGUUGGAAAUGCGUCUAGUUCUUUAUCAGAGGAGUCAGGGAAGCACAGGGAGGAAAUUCCUACUAUUUCUAGUUAUGUGGAUAAACAUUUGCGUGCUGCCUGCCCUUAUUCCAUCCACAGAGAUUGGAGUCUGCCCUUUUGCCAUCCUUUUGCUUAUGAGUCCUACAGCCCCACAUUGUGAGACACUUAAUUGUAGAAGUUCAACAUGUUCUGAAUUUGUAAUCUCUUUUCUCAUUUAUGUUUUUGUAUGAUCUCCUUGCAUCUGGCUGAUUGUUAGGUUUAGGGGUGGACCUUAUCUUAAAGCUUUUUGAAUUUACUAAAAAUCAUACAUUUACAUACAAAUCACAUCCUACAAAUUCAUAUGAAAUCGCCACCUCUUAAAUAAUUGUUUCCUCAUGAGAAAAGUCCAUGCAACCAUUUUCUAUGUCUUUCCUGUUUGCAAAUUCCUGACACAAAAUGUGUCUCAGAUCUACACACAGAUCUACACUUGCAUUGAAAAAUCAAGUCCUGUUCUCAUGUUUAAGUAAAUUAGACUGAUUAAAAGUGACUAACAUGAUAAUGUAUGUGAUGUUAACAUUUGAAAGAUGAGCCAUAAUCUUUUCGUAAUCAAUCAAUAAGA